AUGGAAUAUGUUGCAGCCUAUGUCAUGUUUGAUAAGGUGGGAAAAGAACUCAAUGAGAGGUCUAUGACAGAGCUAUUCAACGAGAUAGGCGCUGAGAUUGAGCCUGAGACCAUGCGUCUGUUUCUGUCUAAGGUUUCUGGUAAAAGCAUGGACGAGGUGAUGUCUAAGGGUAAGGAACUCAUGGCUUCUCUCGCAAUUUCAUCGUCCCAAAAGUCGGAGCCAGCCCAACCUGCAGACACAGCCGAAUCAACUCAGGCCACGGAAAACAAAGAAGAGGAAGACGAAGACUUCGACAUCUUUGCCGCAUUUUAA